GAUAGGUAUUCUAUUUGAGUAACAUAUGUGUGUAUGUGUGUGUGUAGGUGUGUAUGUGUACCCGCGCGCGCGCGCGUGUUUACGAUCGUUAAAAUUUUGAACAGAGUUUGUUUCGGUAAGCAAAGAGGCGAGAAAGUAUUAUCUUAACAGUAGAAUGAUUAUGUAGCAGGAAAAGAAACUGUUACGUGGAACUAUGAGGGAAAGAUGGCCGUUGCCCGAACCACGCGUGUCCGCUUUCAGUUACGAAACUUUUUCUCCGCGUGGUCAGAGGCUGCGCAUUAUCAUCGACGCACGCCCCGUCUACUGGAGGAUUGGACUCUGUGAGGCCACCGGUGAUCCAGCUACGUCCCCCAAGGACGCGUAUUCGCAUUCACGGAAGAGUAUGUUUCUUGCAAACGCUUUCCGACCUUAUACUCGCUGACGAAUUGUGGAAAAUAACAGCCGAAAAGAGCUGUGCCCCGAUGCAGGCUUGGAGUUGUGUAUCUUGUGAAAACUGUGUGUCCGAAACGUGAGCUGACGAUGUCAAUUCAAGUAUUCAGCCAGCUCCAGAAUUUCACCGAAUAACCGGCAGCGGCAACUGCAGGCGCUCGCUGUGCCAGCUCCAUCUGAGUCUAUCAUUAACAUCGAAUUUUAGAUCAACGCAAGUCAGUUUGCAACAAAAAUUAACAAGCAAGAAAGGCAACAAAUUUGAAGACCAAAGCAAAAUGUCUGGCUACAGAAAUAAUCAAGGAAGUAAUCAAGGUCCUCCUGGCCUCAAACAAAUCGAUCUUGAUCAAAUUUGGGGAGAUUUAAAGGAAGGAAUUGAACAAGUCUAUAAUCGUCAGUGUAUGUCUAAACCAAGAUAUAUCAAAUUGUAUACGCAUGUUUACAACUAUUGUACUAGUGUACAUCAACAACUAAAUUCAAGACAAGUAUCAAAAAGUAAAAAAGGUCAAAUAACUGGUGGUGCACAGCUUGUAGGAUUGGAACUGUACAAAAGAUUGCGAGAUUUCCUUAGGAAUUACCUUGUUUUGCUGCUAAAGCAAGGCAUUGAUCUUAUGGAUGAAGAUGUGCUUCAAUUUUACACAAAGCAAUGGGAAGAAUAUCAGUUUAGUAGCAAAGUUUUGAACGGUGUCUGUGCAUAUUUAAAUCGUCAUUGGGUACGUCGAGAAUGUGAAGAAGGUCGCAAAGGAAUUUAUGAAAUAUAUCAACUAGCAUUGGUUACAUGGAGAGAUAAUUUAUUUAAGCACUUAAAUAGACAGGUUACCAAUGCUGUUUUAAAAUUAAUUGAGAGAGAAAGAAAUGGUGAAACAAUAAAUACACGUCUAGUUAGUGGUGUAAUUAAUUGUUAUGUAGAAUUGGGCUUGAAUGAAGAAGACCCUGGUGCAAAGGGACAAACUCUUACAGUUUAUAAAGAUUCAUUUGAAAACUUGUUUCUUGAAGACACUGAAAGGUUUUAUACACGUGAAAGUUCUGAAUUUCUUCAUCACAAUCCAGUUACAGAAUAUAUGAAGAAAGUUGAACAGAGAUUGCAAGAAGAACAAAAACGCGUUCAAGUUUAUUUACACCAAACAACACAUGAAAGAUUAGCGAAAACAUGUGAAAGAGUUCUAAUAGAAAAGCAUUUGGACAUUUUCCAUGCAGAGUUUCAGAAUUUGUUAGAUUCUGACAAAAAUUUAGAUUUAGGAAGAAUGUAUCAAUUGGUUGCGAGAAUACCAAAUGGUCUAGGGGAAUUAAGGAAUCUUUUAGAAAGUCAUAUAGCUAAUCAAGGCCUAGCAGCCAUUGAUAAAUGUGGAGAUUCUGCAACAAAUGAUCCAAAAAUUUAUGUGAAUACUAUUUUGGAAGUUCACAAAAAAUAUAAUGCUUUAGUGUUAGUUGCAUUUAAUAACGAUAGCGGUUUUGUAGCAGCUUUAGAUAAGGCUUGUGGUCGAUUUAUAAAUACCAAUUCUGUAACUAAAGCAGCAAAUAGCAGUAGUAAAUCGCCAGAAUUAUUAGCAAAAUAUUGCGAUUUGUUACUUAAAAAAAGUAGUAAAAAUCCUGAAGAAGCUGAACUGGAAGACACUCUCAAUCAAGUUAUGGUGGUAUUCAAAUAUAUAGAAGACAAGGAUGUGUAUCAAAAGUUUUAUAGUAAAAUGCUUGCAAAAAGAUUAGUGCAACAUAUGUCUGCUAGUGAUGAUGCUGAAGCCUCUAUGAUUUCAAAACUCAAACAAGCUUGUGGAUUUGAAUAUACAUCGAAACUUCAGAGAAUGUUUCAGGAUAUAGGAGUUUCAAAAGACUUGAAUGAACACUUUCGAAGGCACCUUACCAAUUCAGCAGAACCAUUGGAUAUAGAUUUUAGUAUACAAGUCUUAUCAUCGGGUUCAUGGCCUUUUCAACAGUCAUUUACAUUUUCUUUACCAACAGAGUUGGAGAGAUCUGUUCAUAGAUUUACUACGUUUUAUAGUUCACAACAUAGUGGAAGAAAAUUGAAUUGGUUGUAUAAUAUGUCUAAAGGUGAACUCCUCACUAACUGCUUUAAAAAUCGAUAUACUCUUCAGGCUUCGACUUUUCAAAUGGCGGUUUUGCUGCAAUACAACACUUCAACAACUUGGUCAAUUCAACAAUUACACGAAUCCACUCAAAUAAAAAUGGAUUUCUUAUUACAGGUUAUUCAAAUUUUAUUAAAAGCUAAACUUCUAAUAACCAAUGAUGAUGAUUCUGAUUUAAGACCAUCAUCGACAGUAGAACUAUUCGCAGGAUAUAAAAAUAAAAAGUUAAGGGUAAACAUUAAUAUACCAAUGAAAACGGAAUUGAAAAUAGAGCAAGAAACGACACAUAAACACAUAGAAGAAGAUCGAAAACUGCUAAUUCAAGCAGCAAUCGUCAGGAUUAUGAAAAUGAGGAAAGUUUUGAAACAUCAGCAAUUAGUUGCAGAAGUUUUAAAUCAACUCAAUUCAAGGUUUAAGCCACGGGUGCAUGUUAUAAAGAAAUGUAUAGAUAUUUUAAUUGAAAAAGAAUAUUUGGAGCGCACGGAUGGCCAAAAAGAUACAUAUAGCUAUCUAGCGUGAUCUGACUUGAAGAGACGACUCAAACGAUACGAGCGUGAAAUAAUAUUAUACAAUAGUUAUUCACAUACCAUCAACUCAUUUUUGAGUUUCCAUUUUUAUUUAAAUGACAUUUUCUUUUAUUUUAUUAUUAUUAUUGCUAUUCUUCAUUGAGAACUGAAUUUCAGUUUGAACUAUAAUUCGUUUAUUCAUUCAUUAUUUAGUCACGUCGUGAAACAUUAUAAAUAAUUUUAUUAUAAUUUAUUGUUUGUUUUUCAGAAUGCUGAAUUAAAUCUAUAAUCAUGAUUCCUUCAUUUAAACUCCGAUUUUAUAAAGUCUUAAACGAUCUAGUGAAGUUGAUUAGCUUUUAUUUUAAAUUAUGAAUUAGCUUUAUUAGAUAUUAUAACGUUCUAUUAUAACUCUUUAAGUGUUAUAAAAAAUUAGAUAUUACUAUCAAGUUUGCGCGAUUAUGGUAUCGGCAUGACUUUAAGGCUGUAAUUAAUGUAUAAAGUUUCAAUUAAAAGAAAACGUCAUCGUCUAUUCUUACAUUUGUAAUCCAAAACUCGUCAUAGAUAAUAAUAAUUAUGUAAUUUACGAUAUAAAUGUUAAGAAAAGGAUAAAAAUUAAAUUUUCAAACAAAACCGUUAGUGUUCUAGUUUUCAUCUGGUUUUUUUUUCAUUGAUCAUACAAUUAUUCAGCUUGGUCUACGAAAGAUUAUUUUAUAUUUUCCAACAUAUUUUAUGAAACUGUCUUACCUGUUUAUUGCUUAUAUUUUAUGUAAAUUGAUAAACUAUGUGAUAUGUUUAUGUAUCAUCAAUUCUGAAUACUUGUAUAUUUAUUCCAUGUUUUAUCAUGUUUAGUAUUAUAUAAAUUGAAAAACGUAUUAAUUGACUGCAAAUACAUUUUUUUAUUCGCAGUCUAUUAUUGGUAUCAGUCUUUAUCUAUAAUAAAUAUAUAAUCAACAGCGACUUAUUUUACUUUAUAAAAAUAUUUUCUAUAGUUGGAGUAACAUAAUUAAUAUUGAAUCAGCGAACUGCUUUUUCUACAUUGAUUGACUAAAAAUAUUUAAUAUCUUCAGUUACGUUAAAUAGUUUAUUUGAUUUUGUAUGAAACUACAAAACAGGAUGCUCCAAAGUUGAUUACUCAUAAUCUGAGCAAUAAUAUUUACCAUUAUUAAUGUUUUCAAGUACCAAUUAUGUUUUACUUGUGCAAACCAUUGAAGUGCAGACAUCAAAGAUUUUCUUUUUCUACUAUGUAUACUAUAUACUAAUGUUGUCAAGCGUGCUUUGCGUGCUCACCUGUCAUUUGUAUUAAUAUUAAAUUUCAUACUUCAAUUAAAUCAAAAUUAUUAUAAAAUACAUUGCAUACAUAAAAUAGUUCUAUGCUUUGAUAUGCUUAUAAUAUCCGUCGAUAUUAAUUGGUAAAUAAAAAUCUAAUUACGUUGAUAUUUAAAGAUUUAGUUAUUAUUUUUAACUUAAUACCAUAGUAAAUCUUUAUUAGGUGUUAGUUAAGCUAUAGGUAACGGGCAGUGUCAAGUUCGUUUGUCCUUCUGUUUUUAUAUAAAUCUGAUAAUUUGUUUUAUAAACAAAAAAACUGGAACUCGGUUAUUCAGCUUCAACAUGACUGUCAAAUUUUAUCGAUUCAAACAUGAUAAUUUUGAGGAUAUUUUAUCAUGUAUAAGUUUCAUUCAAACAUUUUUUAAAUCAAUUACUGGACUAGAAGAGCCGAAGUUAUAGUUACAGUAUUUUAUUUUAUGAAAUAAUUUAUCAGUUUAUUGUUAAU